UGUUAUCUAUAAAGUCCGUUAUCCUAGAGUAACAGCUAUUUUCAAUCGACACUGGAUGUCAAAAACGGCAUGUUAAACUUUUAUAAAAGAUAUGAUAUUGGAAAUUAGAUGAUAUUUUGUCAUUUUGAAAGUGUGUCGAACAUUUAUUCAACGUCAGCUAGCCAAUUUCGGUAGUGUUUCAUUUCAUUUUCUCUCACAGCAAAGAAAAGACAGUUGACCACCGUAAGACAUGGAGAGAAAGCAGACGAUAAUUUGCUGGCUCAUGUUCUACACAGCUGCCGUCACGUACGGAGGAUAUCGCGAAACACGCAGUGGUACAUGGGAUGGUAUUAAUAUUUCAUGCGGACAACCAUCUACCCCAGCACACGGAGAAGUCAGCUUGCCAAACGGCACACGAUAUGGAGCAAUGGUGCACUACAGUUGUUAUGCGGGUUAUAAUCUUGUUGGGAAUGCUUUCCGGAAGUGCUUACAUGGCAACUGGGGAGGCACGACACCAAAAUGUGUUAAAGACUGUGACAAUGGAAAUUAUGGAGACACGUGUGAAGAAAAUUGCAGUGGUUGUAAUCCAGGAACAACGUGUAAUCCUAUGUCUGGCUCCUGUUCAGAAGAAUGUAGUGCAGGGUACCAAGGAAUCAAAUGUCUCGUUCCUUGCAGAAAUGGAACAUUUGAAAUAAAAUGCCAACAUAAAUGUGAAUGUGCAACCGCUGUUUCCUGUAACAAGACAUCUGCACUUUGUUAUUGUGGAAAGACAGUUCCAGAGAAUGGAAAGACGAGAUUAAUGGAGGGCUCAAAACUAUUAUAUACAUGUAACGCUGGUUUCAAACUUGUAGGGCACGAGACGCGCACUUGUAACCGUUUUACGGAAUCUUGGGACUACCCAGCCCCUCUUUGUGUAAAGAAAGGUGUGGUCGUGUGUCCCGAUGAAGCAGAUUACAGAGGGACAGUCUGGAAGAAAACUGGAGCGGGAAAAACAAGCACUACAAGAUGUCCACGCGGAUCUUCUGGUAUUGUAACACGGACAUGUCAAACAGACGGUACAUGGAAUCUUCCCAUUUACAAUUGCAUACGUGGGACGGUAGAAAAGGUUCAUAUCAAGGCAGAAACACUUAAAGAUAAUGCAACAGCCGAAGAAUUGGGAAGUACCCUCCAGACAAUAGCCUCCCUUACAUGUACAUUCACACAGCAGAACACAACUUUAGACGAAAGCAGCAAACUAACUGCUGGAGAGUUAAAUUUACUUUCAGUAUCUCUUCAGAAAAUAGCGUCAGUGUUAUCGACUUGGCCGGAUGUUGUCAAUCACAACAUAACGAACGCCUUCUUGGACUCAGCAAGCAACUUGAUAGACGACACAUAUCAACUCAGUUGGAAGGCGUUAAAGAUCGGAGAGCGCGCUGGUGCAGUGAAUGUAUUGUCGGCUGUUGAGUCAUUCGGAAAAAGUCUAGGCAGAUCUCUUGGAAUGGGAGAAGACCUGAAUCAGACCAUUGUGAAAACGAAUAUAGCAAUGGAAGUUACAAAGGUUUUAACGGAUGAUAUAACAUUUCCGGAUCAGGAGUAUCGCUCCGAAGAAUAUCUUGAUUGGGUAAAGAACACGAAAAGUAACAUUCGAUUGAGUUCUACAUCUUUUAGAGAUUUGUCGGUCCAGUAUAUUUCUACAGCAAUUAUGUACAGAAAUAUGUCGGAAAUAUUUCCAAGUAAAACCAAGAUCAAUACAAACUCGUAUAUGGAGAAAAAUAGAAACACAAUAAAUGGUCAGAUACUUUCUCUCUCCAUAUCCCCACCUCUAACAGAUAAACUGGAUCCACCAAUAUAUAUUUCAUUCCAGCAUAUUAAUAAUGAACUGACAGAACCAUCUUGCAGAUAUUGGCGUUUCCGCGGAAAUUCUGAUGGUUACUGGUCUAAUACAGGAUGUAGUGUUCAUUUUUCAAACACAACUUACACGGUCUGCGAAUGUAACCACCUAACAAAUUUUGCAGUUCUUAUGAGCCCUUUUAAAGAGGCUGACGCCGACUCGCUGGGUUUGCAAAUCGUCUCGUUUAUAGGAAUAGGAGUGUCAAUAUCAUGUCUGUUGGCAACUCUAGCAAUACACGUGCUGCUUUGGAAAUAUCUAAAGAGUGAUCGAACGGCGUUGCUGGCAAAUCUGUGCAUUGCUCUCGUACUGUCUUAUAUCUUGUUCUUAGCUGGUGUUGAUCGCACGGAAAAUACUGUUGUUUGUACAGUGAUUGCUGCAUGUCUUCACUAUAUCUACCUGGUGGUGUUUUCUAUAAUGUUGGCAGAGGGUAUAGAAAUGGCCAUAACAGUACUAUAUGUGUUUAAAACAAAAACAUCGAGAAUAAGAUGGCUACUUCUUAUGUCAUGGCUCUUACCCGCUAUCAUUGUUGGCAUUUCACUUGGCGUUACAAAAACAGAGGGAUUUGGAAACAAAAAAGUUUGCUGGCUUUCCAACGAAAAAGGCUUGAUUUGGGCGUUUGUCGGACCUACGUUAGCUGUUAUAUUGUUCAACACAGUAUGUUUGGUGGUUGUUGUGAGAGCUGUUUUCCGGUCAAGAACUAUAGAAGCAAAGGAAUACAGGGAGAAAGUUAAGAUUGGUUUGCGGUCACUGUGUGUUCUACUGCCAGUUACUGGAGUGUCAUGGAUACUGGGCAUAUUUUACGUCAGUGAAGAUUUCUCUUUUAUGCAGUAUAUAUUUGCUGUUUGCAAUGGAUCACAGGGAUUUUUCCUGUUUCUGUUCCACUGCCUAUUGAGCCAUCAGGUAAAAAAAGCGUUUAAGAUCAGAAAAAGAAAGAAGUACUCGGUUACAUCUGUCGGAUAUCCAACAUCUAAAAGCACGUCUGGUACCGAUACGUCGAGAUCAGAUAACGAACAAGUGAAACUGGAAACAGAAAACACCACAAAAUGAGACCAUAUGUAUAAAGGUAACAUAAUAGUGUUCACUCAUUAAGCAUCGAUAGACAGCUGUGAACAACGGAUACACAUUAUCAAGGGGAUAUGUCUGCCAAAUAGACUUACUAGAGUUAAUACUUGAGCUGAUCUCGCACAUCGUUAUAUAAUGUAUAGCCUAUACACAUUAAUUCAGUUGCUAUAAUUAUGGUUCAAGAUUGUGAAGUUAGUAGACCUUUAAUGGAAAAAAAGCUUUAUUACCAGUA